AUGGGUGGCCGUGGCGCGGAUCGAGGAGGAGAUUACGCGUCGUCAUCAGAUGACCAGAAAUGGUUUUCGUCGUCACGACAUUUUAUGUGCGCUGAAUGUCAUAAAUAUUUUAGGAAUAAGAAAGAAUAUUAUUAUCAUGCCGAAGAUUGCCUUCUUGAGGCGUUUGAACACGAAAUCGAGGUGAAUCGCGCGUCGACGUCUCAGGAAAUUGAUUCGCAAAUAGCGGAACUUGAAGCUUUAGAUGUCAGCGAGAGUAACCAUUAUGAUUGGCCGGACAUCAGAAAAGGCCAAAAAAAUCAGUAUUUGCAAUUGCCUGGAAUGACAAUUAAAACUAGCGGUCCAACCGAAAAAGGCGAUUUCGCCCGUAUUGAUGUAAAUAAGCAACUUGAGCAGAAAGGUUGGGACGACAUGAAGGUGGUGCUAACGACGAAACGAAGUGAGCUCGACGAGCCGCCUCCGGCGGAGCUCGACGAGAUGCGAAUGAUCGACGCGCCGCCGAAACGCGAUCGACAUGAUGUCGACGAGGUGAUCGUUGGACCACGCGGCACCAAAAUAAUGGUGUCGGUGGAAAGCGAGCGAAGCAGCGCUGAGAAUGCGCACGAGGACGAGCCGCCGCAGCUCGUCUCGGAAGUGUUGGACAAAAAUCGCGUGACGCUCGAAGCCGUUGAUGAUUUUGAUGACGAUAAUGAUAAUGGCGGUGGCGGCGGCGGCGGCGACGAUGAUGAUGGCGAUGAAGCGCCCGGUGUGAGCUUCAUUCCCAACGAGAACGGCAAAAUUGUUGGCGCGUUGGCGAAUGGUUCCGACGACGCGUGGAAGCCGAAAAUGGAAUGUCCCACUUGUGGUUUGGUGUUGUAUCGCCACAAUUUUGCGACGCAUUAUCGCAUUCACACCGGCGAGUUGCCGUAUUUGUGCGAGUUUUGCGGUCGACGAUUCAGGACCUCGUCGUCGCUGAAAGUGCAUAUUCGUGCUCAUACUGGCGAGCGGCCGUAUCAAUGUCCUUCUUGCGCUUAUGGAACAGUAACCAAAAGGAAUCUUGACCGGCACAUCAUAAAUCACCACGUGAGAAGCGACACCGUCAAGGGACCAUUAAUGCGUAAAAGCAGGUACCGCACGGACAUCAUUGGCGCCAAAUUUGAGUCGUAUUCGAAACGAGUGCGAAACAUGCGGCGAAACUCGAAUAAUUCGUAUGUCGUCGUUCCCCAACAGAAUUCUGUCGAAUAUGAAGAAGUCGUCGAAAUGGAAGAAGAGGAGACGAGGGAUGAAAUGACCGAAGGAAUGAUAUUGGAGGCGGAAGAAGUGGAUUUAGUUUAA